AAGCUAUCAUCACCAGCUUCUUAAUGUCUUGCAAGGAACUAUUUGGUGGCACUUACCUCUUACUGAACCCUCAAGAGGCAACUCUUCUUGAUCUGCUUCGACUCCUUUUUUCUUCUAAACUCGAAAACCGGAGUUUCAUCGAAUGUCCGGUGGACAUCAAGGCAGAGGAAUUCCGGCAAAGAUGGCUCCUCUUCACCUCCAUUGUCGCGCAAAAGCUUCUAUUCACUUCAGGGAACACCAUGAAAAUGAUGGGAGACAACUUGGAGUUGUGGCUCAAUACACUUUCAAGCAAUGGAGGAUUUUUAGGGCUCUUCAAAAACAAACUAAAAGGAAAGGUGAUAACACCAGAUGCAUCAUCAGCAACGUUCAUGUCCGUGGCAGGGUUCCUUGACUACCGAGUUGACUUAGUCAAAAGCAUUCAAGAUAAGAACGAUGAUGCAAAGUACAAAGCUUUGUUAUCUAUGAUGGCUUCAAAGUUCUCCUACGAGAAUGAAGAAUACAUUGAAAACGCAGUCACAAAUCGUUGGCAUAUGAAGUUUUGGGGGUUAUACAGUUUCUGGAACGAUACUUAUGUGCUAGAUUUCCAAGAACUUUGGUCAACAAAAGCCAUCAUAUUACAAGACACUAAGACCAAACCCAACUUGAUUGUGGUUGCAUUUAGAGGCACCCAACCAUUUAAUUCUGCCCAAUGGAUAACAGAUGUAGAUCUCUCAUGGUAUGAGCUUCCCAAUGUUGGAAAGAUCCAUAGUGGGUUCAUGAAAGCAUUGGGCCUACAAAAAAAUAGUGGGUGGCCCAAAGAGAUAGAUCAAACAAGCAAAAGCAAUCAUCUUUAUGCUUACUAUACGAUUAGGGAGGAAUUGAAAGCAAUGUUGCAUGCAAAUGAGGAUGCAAAGUUCAUAGUGACAGGGCAUAGUUUGGGAGGGGCAUUGGCAAUUUUGUUUGCUGCAAUUCUUACUUUGCAUGAGGAGGCAUGGCUUUUGGACAAGUUAGAAGGGGUUUACACAUUUGGGCAGCCAAGGGUAGGGGACCAAGCAUUUGGGGACUUCAUGAAAGAGAGUAUGAGAAAAUAUGAUGUUAAAUAUAGGAGGUAUGUUUAUUGCAAUGACUUGGUGCCUAGGAUCCCUUAUGAAGACAAAACCCUAUUCUUUAAGCACUUUGGUCCUUCCCUAUACUUCAACAGCUUGUACCAAGGGCAGGUUCUAGAGGAGGAGCCAAACAAGAAUUACUUCUCUGUAUUAUGGGUCAUACCCAAGAUCUUAAACGCAGUUUGGGAGCUUGUGAGAGGAUUCUUUCUCCCAUUGGUUAAAGGCAAAGAAUACAAAGACACUUGGUUGAUGACACUGGCUAGGUUUGUUGGAUUGAUAAUUCCAGGAGUAUCUGCACAUCUUCCCCCAGAUUAUGUCAAUGUUACUCGACUGGGAUCAUUGCGAGAAAUUCAGGAUCUUUCCGUUUCAGAAACCUCAAAAACUGAUUAAAGCCAUGACUUUCUUGAGCAUCAAGAAAUCAUAGAUAUAAAUAUAGAUAUACAUAUGAAUAUACAUAUACAUAUACAUAUACAUAUACAUAUACAUAUGAAUAUACAUAAUUGUGGUGCAUUACUGAUUUUGACAGAAAUACAAGAAAUCAACUGACAGAUAAAAAAGGAAGAGAAUUAAGAUCAGGUUUAAGAUAGCAAAUCACGUUGAUUAGAAUAAACACAUCCAGCUAGCAGUAUCUUUCAUGUGUUCUUAUUAUUUGGUCAAAUUGUUGUAAAAGAAUUCCUUAUUAUCCUCUUGUAAUCAUCUCUGUGAUACUAUGUAUUUAAACCAA